UCAGCUAGCAGGCUGCACGGAGCUCCCCGCGCUACUACUGUCAGUGUGUGAGAGCCACGAGCUGGCCGACCUGCAUCUGCGCGUGGAGGAGCGCCGCACGCUCAACGCACUCAACAGGAACUCACAGAGCGCGGCUAUAAGAUUCCCUAUGAAGGGGAAGAUUACUACGAGGCAGAUGAAGCUGAAUUGUCUAAUACAAGCAGUUUUGGGAUGCCUACCUAUCCCCGAUCCAUCUUUGAACCAAGAAGCAAUGAAAAUUAUGAGGAUUGCUGCGAGGAUUUGCAAGUGCAUGGUCGCCUACCUGACGCGUCCGAACCUUCUAUCGCACCAGCCACAGUACUAUUCAACGAUACUGAACUCAGUAGUUCUAGCCAAGUGCAUGAGCGCUCAGCUGUGGGAGAACUCCCCGUUCGUCAGUAGACAGCUAAAAGGCAUCGGGCCUACUUACAGCAACUCGUUGGCUACAGCCGGGAAGGUCAACUUUAUGCUGUUAGAAGAAAGUCAUCCGAGAGAUUUAGAAAGGAUAAUGAACAAAGGCCCACCAGCUGGUAACAUAAUACGGAAACAAAUAAGCUUAUUGCCAAAAUACAAGCUGACCAUCACACCAGUCGAUGAGAAAACAGUCACCAUACAACUCAUGUUGAUGAACCAAAGCUAUCUUAGUGAAAACAUGGACAACUUGACAGCAGGAGACUCGCAUAAAAGUUACGUUAUUGUAGGCGACUCGGAAAACCACAUACUUCUGCUCACAACUUUUGUGGACAAAACCUUGAUAAAAGUUUAUGAUGGCACUUUAACGUUUUCCGUAACGAGGAAACACAGAUGCGAACACAAAAUAAUAGCUCACUGCAUCAGCUCGACGUAUGUUGGCAUUGAUGAUCAUUGUGAUUACUUAUUCAAAGAUUUGGAACCAAUGCCUGUGUGUUUGCCUCCAACUGUUACGGACUCGCAAAGGAAUAUUGUGAGUAAGCAGACAAAUAUUACAGACACUUUCAAGGAACGCAAAAGAAGAGGUAAUAACAGUAUUGAAAUAUCGCAAUGCAAAGAAAAAAAGAGGAGAGAAAACGCACUCUUUGAAAAGCUAAAGCUACUGAAAAGAUCUUUCAGUAAAACUACAAAAAGUCUACAAGAAGAGUUAAAUGAAACGACCAUGUCUGAUUUGAUACCAGCUGAAUUAAAUGACAAAGAAUUUCCAGAUUAUACAAAUUGUAUAAGUGAAGAGUUAAAUGAACCUACCAUGUCUAAUUUGAUACCAGCUGAAUUAAAUGAGAAAGAAUUUAUAGAUUUCACAAAUAGUAUGAGCGAAGACGUUAAAGCUUUUGAAGAAGACGAAGAAUUUGAAGUGCUGAAUUAUUCGAAAACAGGAACUAUUCCGACAGAUUGCCAAUACAUUGAUUCAAUUAUGAAUGAAUAUCCUGAAAUGGAUACUGAAGACGGUAAAUUUAUAGAUAAUGGACACAUUAAUAGCAUAUUAACUGAAAUCGAAAAUGAAAUAUCGAAAAAACCUUGGGAACCGUAUUUGCCGAAUUUAAAUGAAAAUAACAAACAUCACAUAAUCGGGCCCUUAAUUCUUAAACUACCGUCAAGUAAAGUUAUCCACCCUAAGAUGGGUAAACCAGGCAAUGAACUACAACACCAAGAUUCUGUUAAAUUUCAAAGAACAGAGAACUACAAAGUUAAAAAUGGUCUCUCCAGAAAUACGAAACGGCUUAAUAAUUACAGUUUCUUGGAUAAGAUCGGUAAUUCUAGUGACGAUGAAGUUAUUAUAGAAAAGCCGGUAACGAAAGAAAGUGGCUUUUCUAACGCUAUAAAGAGUCACAUUCAGAAAUUCCUUCAGAAAUCUAAUAAUAAAGUUGGAAUGGACAGUGCGGUAGUGAUUCAAAAACUACUAGAGCCUGUAUCAUCUGCUCAAACAGAAAGCAUCGAGGAACACAGCAAUACAACACACAUUGAAACCGUUUUGGUCAGUGACAAUACAGAAGGAGAUUGCAUUUUAAUAGAGAACUCACAAAAUAGAUCCAGUAAUAUAAGCGAGAAAGACAUGCACACAGAAAAUAUAUGUCUAGAUAAACCGUCUCAAAAUAGUUUAAUAGAUAUUGAUCAACCUAUAGAAAUAAAUGAUAUAGAUCAAGCUGUGCAGCCAAUUUACCGUACGCAUGAUGGUAAUUUAGAAAAGGAUUUAACUGGCAUCGGUAAUUUAUUUCGUAGUCUUUCAACUAGUGAGAAGAAUGAAGACGUAGAUACAACAAUUCAAGGAUGCUAUACUUUGGCAUUGAACGAUAAAGUAUACAGUGAUAAAACAGUCAAUGACACUAUUUUAAAUAGUGAUAAUAAAGUAGAAGAUGCUUGCACUGAUUCUAUUGUAAUAGCGGGUUCUCAAAAUAGACCAUCGAGCAAUGAUGAAUUGCAGAAAAACGACACAACUACGGAACAAUAUUUUAAACCAAUACAUCCAAUGAUUAAUAACAAGUGUAGCAGUAGUUUUGCAAAGCCAGUUCCUAUAAAUAGUAACCACGAAGAAUGUGUUGAAACAAAUGCAAUUCAGUUACCAGAAAGCAGUCACGCAUUAGUUCCAGUCAAACUACAGGAAUUCAAUAGCAGGGCAGCACUUCUGCCAAAACAGUAUAACCAGCAGGUCGACCUGUAUUUCAAAACUGAAAAACUUAAAAAACUAGAAGAAUAUGGAAAUGAAGGCAACAUGGAUCGAAUGUUAGUUUCAGAGCAAUACAGACUGAAUAGUAGUGAUAAUCAAAUGCCCCAACAUCAGUAUAGUGAAUUUGUAACCGGUACUCAACAUACAAGUUCAUUUUCAUUGGACAGCCGCAAUAGAGAUGGAAAUGCCGUCCCUAUUCACGGUAACCGCGAAAAACAUGUUACAAUUAACAAUUCACCGUACACUGAAAAUGAAAAUAUGGACUUUAGUAAGGAAAUAAGUUCACCAAGUACAAUUCCAUAUUGCCCAGCUAUGCAAAAUAAUAAUUUUGAAAGAAUUUAUGAAGAAGAAUGUCAGCCAGAAAUAAACACUAAAUUUGAAAGUAAAAAACCAAAAAUUAUGUACACCCAAAAGUAUUCUUACGUUACCACCGAGAUUGACAUAUGGACCAAGAAUAAUUCAGACGAAAACUGCACUGUUAAAGUUAUAAAGAAAAUGGAAGUAAAUGUAGCCGCUAUUGUGUCGAAGGACAGCGAUAAAAAAACUUACUUCAGUAGUGACAAAAAGGAUAAACACAUUCCAUUAGUUAGACAAGCUAAACCUUUUGAAAUUAAAACAAAUACAUCGGGAUUAGAAACAGAAGAAAUUAUAUCGGAGCCCAAAAAUAAAAUAAGUAAUUUCAUUGGUAACCUAAAUUAUAGUGACACUCCGUCAGAUAGACUCGCUACGCCUCUUGAAAUUGAAACCAAGACAUCGGAAAUUCAAGAAGACCCGAAUAAUACGAAUGAAGGAUCAAUAAGGAUCGAAAAUAACUUCCAACAUGAAAACAAAAUGACCGACAUAAAGCGUGAAAAAUGUACUUCUGAAAAUGGACCAUCUGCUGUGGAUAACUUGCUUAAAAAAUAUGCAAAUAUCUUAAAGGAAAAGGCUGAACAGGAGAAUUGUCGAACUAUUCAAAAACAUAUCCCAGAAAACAAAACAAACUCUCAAAAAUUAAAACCAAAACGACCCUUUAAAAUAUCCGACAUUCAUAGAAUAGAUGCCACUUUACCAAAUACUCUGAUAGAUAUGACGCCUAGAACCAUCACACCUAUUCCGGAUGAAGGGAGAAACAUGAUAUAUAAACAUACCAUUGACCAGAAAUCCAGCAGGGAACCAGAUUUUCACCAAUCCAUGCCAAUAAUGGAGAUGAAACACGUAGAUCCAAUUUUGAAUUACUCUGAGCCAAUAGUAGAUAACGAUAAUGAAAUUAGUUUCAAUAUAGAUCAAUCAUUAUUGAACCCGAAAAGUCUUCUGCAACAGUGUUAUAAAAACUUGGAUGAAAACGAAAUUAUACCACCUCCAUCGCAAUUCUGUGAUGACAGCGUGUAUUCACCAAAAAAGGAAAGCAACUUCUAUUCUGAUCAAUCUCCAGCUCCCCAUAUGUUACAUAAUGAGCUUGAAAGUUAUUGCGAUACUGCUGAUGAGUUUGACGCUAAAACUUACCUGGAUGCCGUGGAAAGAUCCUGUUAUGAUAAUAGUGAACACGAACACGGUGAAUCAACGCCAUCAACAAAUAUGGAGGUGUGGAACUUAGGUACCGGUGAGGAUGCUUGCACUUCUUUACCUUCUUUCGUACGGGCUAGUGAUCAUUUUAUACCUGCAAGUAAAUUCAAUAUUGGGUAUAAUAGGAAACAGAAAUUAGGUAGGUAUCAAUUAAACACAAAAGCCAAGUUCAAAGUGAGUAGAAAUAAGUUAUGAAUAUGUUAUGUUUUUUUGUACACUGAAAGCAAUGACAUUGUAAUUCUGACUGAAAGUACCUAAAUCUCCUACACAAUAUACCAACAUUGUUAUCUAUGAAUGAAAUAAAUUAUUCAAAUA